CCAAAUCAAGAUCUGAUAAUAGAAUACUUCAACCAGACCUAACCUAACGGAUUUUCAGAUAUUCCUCUUUCUCUCCACUUUUCCUUUUUAACAAUCUUAGCUAUCAUUUUUAGUCACCUCAUUUUAAACGUUUAUAUUUUUAAAUGAAUACCUAAAAUAACUAUUCACCCGGUACUCAACAAAUCUAUCUAUCUAUCAUUCUAUCUAUUUUAAAUUUGAGUCAGUUAUCGGUUAUAUACAAGUGCUCGCCGCGUGUAUAUAAACUCACGCACACAUAAAGUUAUAAAAACACCUACGCAAAUUCAGAUUUAUUAAAGACACAAGGGUGCAUAACUUGAGAAACUUGUUUAACUUGUCGUCAUUACACGGUCACAAGUUGCUGCGCAAACGGUUUGUACUUAUAGUCAUUACACGGUCACAAGUUGCUGCGCAAAAGGUUUCUUUUUAAAAAUGUCUGAUUCAUCACUCAGGUUUGCAAGUUCCUGGUUUUGUCCAUUUUGCCAAAGAGUCUGGAUUGCUCUCUUGGAGAAAGGAAUUCCUUUUAAAUAUGAAGAAAUUGAUCCCUAUAAGAAGACUGAAGAAUUUUUAAAACUGAAUCCAAGAGGUUUGGUACCAGUGCUGAUACAUGAUGAUAAAAUUAUUUAUGAAUCUACUGUAUGUAUGGAAUAUAUUGAUGAAGCUUGGCCACAAAAACCCAAAAUUAUGAUGGAACAACCUUAUGAUAAGGCUCAAGUUCGUAUCUGGGGUGAUUAUGCUGCAAGUAAAGUAAUUCCAUUCUUUUUUGCAAUUCUGAAAUCAGAUCCUGAAAAUCUUGGUGAAGCACAGAAAUCUUUUGUUGAAAAUAUUGGAAGUUUUGUGAAAGCCAUGUCUCCAACUGGAAAUUUCUUCAUGGGGGACUCAUUUUCAUUUGUUGAUAUGAUGCUGAUUCCAUGGAUGCAAAGAUUGCCAGUUUUGAAACAUUUUAAAAGUUUUGAAAUACCAUCUGAUAUUGAUUGGUAUCCUCGGUUCCAGAAAUGGCUCACUGCUUGUCUUAACAGGGAGAGCGUGAAACCUACUCUUGCUGAGGUAGAGAAAUUGCUCCCAGGUUUUGAAAAAUAUGUAAAAAAACAUUAGAACAAGUUGCCUGAAAGAUUCAUUAAUGAAAUAUCAAUACCAUAAAUCACAUUUUUAAAGCAAGCCUAUAUUUUAUGAGUUACUUUUUAAAUAUAGCUUUAUAUUUUUUGUCUUUUUUUGCCUCAAAUUAAUGUAAUCAAAGUAGUAAAUAAAUUUUUGAGAAAUAUCUAAAA